AUGCCUAUCAGAAGAAUAGGUCGUCAGAGCUCGCCCAGCAAGGGCGAUGAGGACAGCCCGUCCAAGACGCGCGUCCAGCCUAUGCGUAGCGCUCGCCUCAGAAGUGCAUCACCCUUCUUGGAUAUUGCAAGCGCAUCGACCAGUGCCGCUGCCUCGCAGCCCUCGUCUCAAACAUCUUCCCCUUCGAAAGCCUCGCCAUCUAAGGCGAUCCGCCCUUCGCCCAGGAAAGUUGCACCUGCGUCCUCUUCGCUCCAGCUUCCGGUGAGACGGUCCACUCGCUCGCGUUCGCGUUCAGUAGACCCGGAGAGCCUGCCUAUCAUCGGCGAGGACGUCUCCCCUGCGACGUCACGCGAGGUUUCUGAAGCUCUCGAUGCGGAGGUCGAGGCAGCGAGCCCGGAGCAUGAUCAAGAAAAUGCAACCCCAGAGCCGCGUCUCGCCACAAUAUCCGAAGAUGCAGCUCCACCAACACUGUCGGAAGACGUCGAAAAUGCUGAGAUGACUUCCUCCAAUGACAGCUCCGACACUGAUUCGAACUCUGACCCCGACUCUGACUCAGAUGGGAGCUCGAAUACCGACUCGGACGACUCGAGCUCCGCGUCCUCCUCAGAAGACGAGCAAGAAGGCGAUGCAACGGCCGACCUGGAUGCGCUACUGAAAGCAUCACAGCAAGCGUACAAGAGCCGAGCCCCUGCGCCUGCUGCUCAGAGUCGAUUCGAGGACAACCAGGACGUCAUCUCCUUCGAUGCUGGUUCCGACCACGCCCAACGCUCACAGCGUACAGGCAAGGUCAUGCCUCUUGUUGUCAAAGCCAAGCACCAAGUGGCAAAAUUGCAGCCCAGUGCCGGCAAGCAGCCGAGAUCCUCCAAGGACAAGUUCGACCAGCAAAUCGAGGCACUCGGCGAACAAGCACCUACAUCCGGCAAGAAGAAGUCGAAGCAUGCCCGGACCGUCCAGACCUCUACAGGUUCCAGCUGGUUCGACAUGCCCGAAUUUGGUGCAUCAGCAUCGCGGCUGGCCGCGCUCAAGAAGCACUCGGCGGCUGACGGCGGUCAUGCGAAGGCUACGGGUGGGGAUGCACGACUCGCUUCGGCGGAACAGCUGCGUCGCGAGGUGCAGGCGCUGCGACUUCGCAAUGCACUCGAUCCCAAGCGCUUCUACCGAGCUUCGGCCAAAAAUCAGGCCAUGCCCAAGUUCGCCCAACUUGGCAGGAUCAUCGCUUCGCCGCUCGAGCCCAAGGCCGUGCUGUCCCGCCAAGAGAGGGGCCGCACCGUUGUCGAGGAGCUCAUCCGCGACGCGGAAGCUGCCUCGUAUGCCAAGCGCAAGUUCAGCGAAUCGCAAGCCAGCCACCGCUCCAACUACAAUGGCCGUCGCAAGCCCCCGUCCAAGAAGAGACGAUCAUGA